AUGAAGUUGAAUCAACCAAAGCCAAAAUGACAGGAGUGAGAGAGGAAAAUGCAAGACUAAAGAUGCUGCUACAACAAAUAGAUAAGGAUUACAGAACUCUACAAAUGCGAUUCUUUGAUAUUCUUCGAGAAACCGACAAAGACAACAAUCCAAUUGAUCCCACCAUUGAAGAAGACACUGAACUCAUAUCUCUUCGACUUGGAAUGAGUUUAAGAGAUCAGUCUAAAAAGGAAGAGAAAAAUACUAGCAGCAGAGAAGAAAAUGAAUCAGACUACAAUUUUACGGGGUCAAAAGCAGGAUCCAUGGAGCUUAAGACACUGAGAAGUGAAGAAGAUGAACUUUCUCAAACCAAUGUAAAGAGAGCUAGAGUUUCUGUAAGAGCAAGAUGUGAGACCACAACAAUGAAUGAUGGAUGCCAAUGGCGUAAAUAUGGACAGAAAAUUUCAAAGGGCAAUCCAUGUCCAAGGGCAUACUAUCGGUGUACAGUUUCCCCAUCAUGCCCAGUCAGAAAACAAGUGCAACGAUGUUCAGAAGACACAUCAAUCUUGAUCACAACAUAUGAAGGAACUCAUAACCACCCACUACCACCUUCUGCCACUGCCAUGGCUUCCACCACCUCGGCAGCUGCUUCAAUGCUUCUCUCUGGAUCAUCAAAUUCUCAACCAGGGCUUGUAUCAUCACCAGCCAACGUUGACCCAACUUACAGUCUUAGAGGACCAAAUCCCAAUCUCUCUGAUAUUUCCCGAGCACGGGCAUUCUGUUUGCCCAACUCCUCUUCAACUCCAUUUCCUACAAUCACUUUAGACCUCACCACUAAUCCACCCACCACUGCAUCAAGUGGCUUCAGCAUGUUUUCAUCAAGUUUUAAAUCAAUUCCAAGAGUUCCUUCAACAAGUUUGAGUUUUUCUUCUUCAGAAUCCUACAUGAUACCAACAGUUUGGGGCAAUGGAAGCCUUAAUUAUGGUAUAUAUCCUUAUAAUAGUAACCAUCUUAGUUCCGCACACUUUAGAAGACCAUCACAAGAACAAUCAUCUCAAUCAUAUCCAAAAAAGUUAAACCAACAAGAGGCUCUAACAGAAACCUUAACUAAGGUAAUUAAGUCAGACCCGAGUUUACAAUCAGUAAUAACUACCGCUAUUUCAUCAAUGGUAGCUAAUGGAAAUGCAACACAAGUGAAUAAUGAUAAAGGCAAAAAUAUUGGCUAGAAGUAGCUUGAGCAUAUACAGGCCACAAACGUCAAAUCCACUUACUUCAGAUGAUAAAGGAUGUGCAUCCAGCUAUUUGGGCAAGUCAGCAUCUUUGAAUUGGAAAACUGGAAGCCUGCAGGUGCGAAAAUCUCCAUUGGCUUUUCUAUUCUGCAGAGUUCCUGUGGAAAAUUAAGAUCAAACUGAUUGAUGGGUCUUUAGGACCUUCAGUCCUUCAUCCUGGCAUGUUAAUGAAAUUUUUUAUUAGCCCUUUUGGUUCUCUUUCUAAAGGACAUUGUACAAAAAAGUCUUUCUUGUAAUUUCCACGACUUUGAUAUGAAUAAGAAAUAUUAACGAAGUUAUUUAUACA